AUGCCUUGCCCUGUGGGGCCUGCUGCAACAUUGGUUGCUGCUUGUGCUUCACUCAAUGAGAGAAUGCAUGAUGCCUGUUCGCCCGUGGGCGGUGAACCUUCUGUUGGAGCGCGUGAUUGUGCCACCGCGGAUCCUCCUAAAAGGAAGUCCGAUGACAGCGACCGUGAGUCGCCGGGCAAGGCGCCUCGACUUGGAGGCCCUGAAGCCCUUGCCUCUGAUUUGCACCGCAAACUCUUGUUCGAUGCAGCUAGUGUGCUUUCUCUCUUCGACCUUCUGCCAAAGGCUGAUAUCACACGACUUUCUCAAGCCAAAGGCUCAGUCUUCGCGGUGGGGUCGUAUUCUCACGGUCCUAUCAAAGGUUUGCGGCAUUUCACCCGAAUUUAUCCCAAUGUUUGCCGAUACUUGUGUGCUUGCGUCCUGCAUGUCCUUCCGACGCACAAAUUUUCAAGUCUGUUGAUCUCUGACUCGGUUGAAAGUCAACCUCACGCUGAUCCCAACAACGGCCCGACUUUGAAUCUCUUGAUACCUCUGACGCACUUUUCAGGUGGCUCACUGCGAGCCGGUGAUUGCGACCUCGACUUCAGUCGGGGUGCCUGGGCUUUCAAUGCUCGCGACGGCUGCCACGCCGUGGCGCCUUUUCAGGGUCGUCGGGUUAUGCUCAUAGCUUUCAGCACCAAGGGCGUUUGCGAUUCCGAUUCUGAGGUGUUGUCUCAGCUCCAGUCCUGUGGUUUCGCCCUUCCCAGCGCUGAUGCUGUGAUGCCCGCGUCUCCAGUGGGCCCUCUACCUGACAUCAGGAGCUCUGUCACUCAUGAGCCCCUGAAAGUGCUGAAGCCUUCCCGGCUUGUUGUCCUCGACCUCUUCUGCGGACGAGGUGCCGUGGGCCAUGCCCGAACGACAAUCCACUUGGCAAUAUUUGCGAUUGGUCUCACCGUUUGCGGCCAGCCGAUAACUCGGCUUGGCAACGAUCGCCGUUCAGUGACUCUUUGCCUUCGUGCGUUGGGCCUGGAUGCUCACUCGGCCUUUGUUCUCGGCAAGGUGUAUGCGGAGCACCUUGCCGAAAGUCUGCGCUUGCAGGCGGCUGGUGAGGACUUACUUCCGAUUAUGCCCGAGUUCAAGUACAUGGUCAACGUGCACGUCGCUGAUUGCUCCCAGCUGCAGCUGGAUGACAAAAAUACCCCUGCCACCGCCACGUUUGGCGUGUUUCGGACUCCUGACGAGUUCGUUGCUGCCAGCUUGCGCCUCGAGCAUCCGUUCGACGCUUUUGCACACGUGCCUGAUGGUCUCAUCAGGAAUUUGGGGCGGCUGCUUAUCGACGGAUUCCGAUGCCGAGUUUACUCCAAGAAGUCCUGGCUGAGCGGCCCAUAUAGCUACCAGGAGCUCACUGAGAUUUUGGGUCCGCACUGGAUACCUGUACGGAGGUUCGCGAUUUUCCAACGAGGGAAGCUGAGGUGCAUUGACGAUUUGUCCGAGAACAGUGUCAACUCGUCCUGGGAAGUGGCAGAAAAGAUUGACCUGCGUGCGAUGGACGAACUCCUUUGGAUAACAUCGAGGCUCAUGCAAUCCAUCGUUGAUCGAGGAUUUGUCAACCUUCGUCUUUCUUCUGGUGAAGUGAUCAGCGGCCCGUUGCAUACCGUGUGGCGCACGCGGCCUGAGUCCGCGCGCCCAGUCUUGAAGUGCGUGGAUUUGAAGUCUGCUUACAAACAGUAUGCUAUAAGGCCAUGUGACAGCAAGAGGUGUGUGGUCAGCCUCCGGCGGCCCUCCGACGGGCAAGCCGUCGGUUUCAUUUCACAUACCCUACCCUUCGGCUCGCUCGCGAGCGUAGGGCAGUUCAAUCGCGUUGCCCGCUUGAUUCACCGCAUCCUUAUUGAGCUGGAGUGCCUGGCUUGUAACUAUUAUGACGACUUCCCAGUUCUCGAUGUGAGUAUGCUUUCGGCCAACACCGAGAAGACGAUCCGCAAGCUCAUGCGCCUCCUGGGCGUGAUCUGCUCAGAGGACAAGGAGUUGCCUUUUUCUUCGGUGGCCGAUCUCUUGGGGGUUCGCUUGGACCUUAGGGCUAAGGAUUUUUCUUGCGUCACUGUUGCCAACAAGCCUGACAGGGCUCGCGAAAUUUCCGAGUCGGUCGCUAAAGUCCUAUCGGAUGGCCAGGUGGUGGUCAGAGAAGCCGACAGCUUGUUUGGAAGGAUUCAGUAUGCCGAUUCCCAAAUCAUGGGCCGCAGGGGCAAACUGGCUUUGAGCACGCUUAGGAAGCUCUCGCGAGGCUCUGGCGUUCAUCUACUUUCUUCUACUGACCGCGAGGCCUUUGCUGUCUUGCAGAUGCGCAUGGAUGCUGGCGAGCCCAGGCGCAUACAGGUUGGAAGCUCUGGACCUUCACUUGUUGUUUACACUGAUGGCGCAUGUGAGCCUGGUGCUGCUCGAUCGCUCUGCGCCGUUGGGGGAGUACUUUAUGCUUCUUGGAAUGGGGCUGUAAAGGUCCGAUACUUCGGGGUCACGCUGAGUGACUCCCUGGUCGACCUAUGGGCCGAGAGCGGCAAGAAGCACCUUAUAGGGCUUGUUGAGUUGUAUGCUUUAGUGCUCGCGAGAUUCGUCUGGGGUCGACUCCUCGACGAUCGAAGGGUGCUUUACUUCAUCGAUCACGUGGGAGUGCUCUCCGCUACCAUCAAUUGCACAUCUAGGGACGAGCUGUGGAGGACUUUGCUUAUACAUCUUGAAAAGGCCGAUGCCAGGCCUUGCAUUGGGUGGUAUGCUCGUGUGCCUUCUCAGUCCAAUCCCGCUGAUCCCCCGUCGAGGGGCUGCUGGAUUUUUCCGAUGUGCGAACAUGCGAUCCGGGACCAUCCUGCUUGUUUUGCCACGGGCGAAUUACUGCGCUCGUCUUGA